UAUUGGACGUUUCAAUUUUAAUACUCUUUGAUCUUCCUCUUCAGAGUCUUAUCUAUAUUUCUAGAGAAAUGAUAAUUAAAAUUAAAUAGUUUAUAAAUUGAUGCAAAAUUGGUUGUAUUCUUAUUAUAUAGAAAUAAAAAAUAAGUAACUUUUAAAUAUUUUUGGUAUGCUUAGGGUACGGCUUAUCUUUGUAAUUUUUUAUAAAUUAGAAUAUUAGUAGUGUUUCUUCACUGUGUGAAAUAUUCUGAUGUGGCCCAAUCAUAAUCAUGUUUAGUGACAGUAGUGCCUAUUGUUAAUUAUCAUUCACAAAAGUUACUUUAACAGUUUUAAUAUGCAAUUGUUGUGAUCGUCGUUAAACAUGGCAUAUCAGACACUGUUACAAGAAUAUAUGCUCGUGCCUCCUGUAACGAGAGCUUACACAACUGCUUGCGUGAUUACUACAUUGGCUGUACAACUCGAUCUUGUAUCACCAUUCCAACUUUAUUUUAAUCCGAUAGUUAUCCUGAAGAGAUACCAAUUAUGGAGACUAAUAACAACAUUCCUAUUUUUUGGAAACUUAGGAUUUAACUUUUUCUUUAACAUGAUUUUUACAUAUAGAUAUUGUAGAAUGUUAGAAGAAGGAUCAUUCAGAGGAAGAACUGCUGAUUUUGUUGUUAUGUUUAUUUUUGGUGGAGUGUUAAUGAUUUUAUGUGCUUUCUUUGUAAAUUUAUUAUUUUUAGGGCAAGCUUUUACUAUUAUGAUAGUAUAUAUAUGGUCAAGACGUAAUAUAUAUGUACGAAUGAACUUCUUUGGUCUGAUGAAUUUCCAGGCACCAUACUUGCCUUGGGUCCUUCUUGGUUUCUCGGUCUUACUUGGAAAUGCAAUAUCUGUGGAUUUGGUUGGAAUGGCCAUUGGUCACAUAUAUUUCUUUAUAGAAGAUGUUCUUCCCCGUCAAAGAGGCGGUCAAAAAAUAUUAAAAACACCAAUGUUUUUAAAGAAAUUAUUUGAUCCAGCCCCUGAAGAGCCAGAUUAUGUACCUUUGCCAGAAUUGGCUAAUAUCCGACCUGGCGGAUUUAAUUGGGUAAAUCAAAACCGAAACCAAAAUCAAAAUGUACCAGAAAAUGAUGAAGGAAACAGAUAAAAGUGAUAAUAUUAUAUUAAAUAAAUAAAUAAAUGAAUUAAUAUAUCAAGCCAAAUGUUAAUUUUACUAACUAAUCUAUUUUCUGUACAGAUUCAAACAAAAAUAAGAAAAACCUAUUGUAUGUAAA